AGGGGGAGGCAGCGGCGGCGGCGGCGGCGGCGGCGGCGGCGACGACGGGCGGGCAGGUUGGCGGCUGCAUAUUUGAAGGAAAGUAUCAGUUUGUAUUCGCUCAGUGUGUUUGCUCCAGCGGCCACGGCGGGAGCCCGAGCCUGAGCCCAGCCAGCUCGGCCGGCUCAGCGCAGCGCAGCGCAGUUCGGCAGCUUUGCCCAGCCCAGCCCAGCCCAGCUCAGCGCAGCUCAGCUGGGGUCGCCGCUGCCGCUACCUCUGCUCCAGUCCUAGCUCCAGCCCCGGGCCGCCUUCCCUCCCCUUGCCUUGUCUUCCCUUGCCUGGCUUUGCCUAGCCUUGUCUUCCCUGGGCAGGCACUCCGGACAGCGCAGCAGAGGCGCAGCGCAGGACUCAAGGCGGCCAGGCGAGGCCCGAGCAGGCGGCCCGGAGCCCGGCCCCCGGCCCCGGCUGGUCCCCAGCUUCUCCCCGGUCCGAGGUGCCUGCGCUGUGCUCCGCUCUGCUCCGCUGGGCGCGGAGUCGUUCAUGGAAACAUGGCGGUGUCGGCUCCGACCUGCGGCGCCUCCUCGCUCGCCCGGGCUCUGUGCGGCGGCAGCGGCGGCGGCCACCUCCACCUCCACCUCCACCUCCUGCUGCUGCUGCUCGUCCUCCCGGUGCCCGGCGCCCGCAGCUACAGCUUCCCCCAGCAGCACACGAUGCAGUACUGGUCUCGAAGGCUGGAACAAGAGAUUGAUGGAGUGAUGAGGAUCUUUGGGGGUGUCAAGCAACUCAGAGAGAUCUACAAGGACAACAGAAAUUUGUUUGAGAUUGAGGAGAAUGUCCCCCACAAGCUUGUGGAGAAGGUUGCAGGAGACAUUGAGAGCCUCCUGGCCAAGAAGGUCCGGGCUUUGAAGAGACUGGCUGACGCUGCAGAGAGAUUCCAGAAGGCCCAUCGUUGGCAAGACAACAUCAGGGAAGAAGAUAUCCAGUACUAUGACUCCAAGGCGGAUGCUGAGCUGGAGGACCCCGAGGGUGAGGAAUUUGAAAGAGAAAAGCCCAGUACUCUGCAGCUGGACUUCGUUGAGGACCCAAACUUUAAAAACAAAGUCAACUACUCCUAUACGGCUGUCCAGAUCCCUACAGACAUCUACAAAGGCUCCACAGUGAUCCUAAAUGAGCUCAACUGGACAGAAGCCCUGGAGGAUGUAUUUGUUGAGAACCGUAAGGAGGACCCAUCCCUGCUGUGGCAGGUUUUUGGCAGUGCCACAGGGGUUACCCGAUAUUAUCCAGCAACCCCUUGGAGAGCACCAAAAAAGAUUGACCUGUAUGAUGUUCGCCGGAGACCCUGGUACAUCCAAGGAGCUUCCUCUCCUAAGGACAUGGUCAUCAUCGUGGAUGUAAGUGGCAGCGUGAGCGGCCUGACACUGAGGUUGAUGAAGACAUCUGUCUGUGAGAUGCUGGACACCCUGUCUGAUGAUGACUACGUCAACGUGGCCUCGUUCAAUGAGAAGGCCCAGCCUGUGUCCUGCUUCAACCACCUGGUUCAGGCCAAUGUGCGAAACAAAAAGGUUUUCAAGGAAGCUGUGCAGAACAUGGUGGCCAAAGGGACCACAGGUUACAAAGCCGGCUUUGAAUACGCCUUUGACCAGCUCCAGAAUUCCAACAUCACCCGAGCUAACUGCAACAAAAUGAUCAUGAUGUUCACGGACGGAGGGGAGGACCGGGUGCAAGAUGUGUUUGAGAAGUACAACUGGCCCAACAGGACGGUCCGGGUAUUCACCUUCUCUGUGGGGCAGCACAACUAUGACGUCACUCCCCUGCAGUGGAUGGCCUGUGCCAAUAAAGGUUACUAUUUCGAGAUCCCCUCCAUCGGGGCCAUCCGAAUCAACACGCAGGAGUACCUGGACGUCCUGGGCAGACCCAUGGUCCUUGCAGGCAACGAGGCCAAGCAGGUGCAGUGGACCAAUGUGUAUGAAGAUGCUCUGGGCCUCGGGCUCGUGGUGACCGGGACCCUCCCUGUGUUCAAUCUGACCCAGGACGGCAGUGGAGAGAGGAAGAACCAGCUAAUCCUGGGUGUGAUGGGGAUUGAUGUGGCUCUGAAUGAUAUCAAGAAGCUGACCCCAAAUUACACGCUUGGUGCAAAUGGUUAUGUAUUCUCCAUUGACCUCAAUGGCUAUGUCCUCCUCCACCCCAACUUGAAGCCUCAGGUCACCAAUUUCCGAGAGCCAGUGACCUUGGAUUUCCUAGAUGCUGAACUAGAAGAUGAAAACAAAGAGGAGAUCCGAAAGAGCAUGAUUGACGGGAAAAGGGGACACAAACAAAUCAAGACUCUCAUCAAAUCCCUGGAUGAGAGGUACAUUGAUGAAGUAAUUCGAAACUAUACCUGGGUCCCAAUCAAAAGUACCAACUACAGCCUUGGGCUGGUCUUGCCCCCUUAUAGCACAUUCUAUCUCCAAGCCAAUCUCAGUGACCAGAUCCUGCAGGUCAAGUUGUCAAUCAGCAAACUGAAGGAUUUUGAGUUCCUGCUCCCAAACAGCUUUGAAUCUGAAGGACAUGUUUUCAUUGCUCCCAGAGAAUACUGCAAGGACCUGAACGCCUCGGACAACAACACGGAAUUUCUCAAGAACUUUAUUGAGCUCAUGGAGAAGGUGACUCCAGAUUCCAAGCAGUGUAACAACUUCCUCCUGCAUAACUUGAUUCUGGACACUGGCAUCACACAGCAACUGGUGGAGAAGGUGUGGAAGGACCAGGACCUCAACACGUAUAGCCUCCUUGCUGUGUUCGCUGCUACUGAUGGGGGCAUCACCAGAGUUUUCCCCAACAAGGCAGCCGAGGACUGGGAUGAGAACCCUGAGCCUUUCAAUGCCAGCUUCUACCGGCGCAGCCUGGACAACCAGGGCUACAUCUUCAAGCCUCCAUAUCAUGAUACUCUCCUUAGACCACUAGAGCUGGAAAACAACACCGUGGGUAUCUUGGUGAGCACAGCUGUGGAACUCACACUUGGGGGAAGGACACUAAGACCUGCAGUGGUGGGAGUGAAGUUGGACCUGGAAGCCUGGGCUGAGAAGUUCAAGGUGUUAGCCAGUAACCGAACUGACCGGGACCAGCCACAGAAGUGUGGCCCCAACAGCCACUGUGAGAUGGACUGUGACGUGAACAAUGAGGAUCUGCUCUGUGUCCUAAUUGAUGAUGGUGGCUUCUUGGUGCUCUCCAACCAAUACAAUCAAUGGGACCAGGUGGGCAAGUUCUUCAGUGAAGUGGACGCCAAUCUGAUGUUAGCUCUUUACAAUAACUCCUUCUUCACUCGAAAAGAGUCCUUUGACUACCAAGCUGUGUGCACCCCCCGGGCCCAGAGCAACACAGGCGCUGCCCCCCGAGGGGUCUUCGUACCUACCAUUGCUGACUUCCUCAACCUGGCCUGGUGGACUUCAGCAGCAGCCUGGUCCUUGCUCCAGCAGCUUCUCUAUGGACUCACCUAUCAUAGCUGGUUCCAAGCAGACGAUGCCGCUGCUGAGGGCUCGGAGACCCGGGAGACCAGCUGCAUCAUGAAACAGACCCAGUAUUACUUCAGCACCGCCAAUGCCUCUUACAACAGCAUCAUAGACUGUGGGAACUGCUCCAGGCUGUUCCAUGCCCAGAGACUGGCCAACACCAACCUGCUCUUUGUCGUGGCCGAGAAGCCCUUGUGUAGCCAGUGUGAAUCAGGCAAACUGCUCCAGGCAGAGAGGCGCUCUGACGGGCCGGAGCAGUGUGAACUGGUACAGAAGCCACGAUAUAGGAAAGGACCUCACAUCUGCUUUGACUAUAACGCAACGGAAGAUACCUCAGACUGUGGCCGAGGAGCCUCCUUCCAAGCAUCCCUGGGCAUCCUGGUAUCCCUGCAGCUGCUGCUCCUCCUGGGCCUGUCACCCCUGCCCCUGCCCUGGCCUCACAAUGACCCCCCCUGCCACCUCUGAACCCCAUCCCCCUCAGCCCCGGCCCCUUCACCUCAGCCACCCUUCCCUUCUUGCUGUGCCCACCACCCACCACCUGUGGGAGAGUGGAUCCUCUGGACUGGGGGUCCUUGGGGUGUGUCCUCCCCUAGGCCCCGCAGCCUGAGACCCCAAUGCCAUGUCUUACUGUUUUGCUGUCAGAAGAUCACCCCAGCCCAACACCUGCCACCUCACGACCACCCUCACUCCAGGCAGUGUGUGUGUGUGCUGGUGCCAAAGGCAUGUGCCGCCCAGGCCUGGGCUGGGCUGAACUCUGCAGGGCUCGGGGGAGCAUCAGUCCUCACAGUUGCCACUCUCCCUCCCCAACUCCUGGAGUACACUCAGACUCACUAAUUCUAAGGAAGGCUGGGGUCAAGGGUUCUAUGGCCCCAGUUCCCCAGCCUUCUCCUCUUACCUCUGAGCAUCUAGAUACCCCAGAGAAUGACUGGGGAAUAGGGACUAGGAGGCUCAAUUCUGGGAGGCACAUCACCAUGUGAGCUCAGCCCUCAACCUUCACAGACAGGCACACACACACUCACACACGCGCGCACACACACACUCACACGCGCACACACUCACACACGCACAUGUGCACACACUCACACACGCGCGCACGCACACACACACGUAUAUGUUCAUCUAGUCGUCUUUCCUGGACCUCAUCACACAGGCCACUCAAGACACAGGGAGAGGCCCGUCCAGGGACGUAGCUAAGACCAAGUUCAGAUCUAAGCAAAGCACCCACUAGCCAGGGUGGAUGCUGGGAUCUACCCAAGGGACCUGCCAGCCCCCAGCCCUUUAGCCCCUGCCAGGCAGCUUCCCUGAUUGGAGCAAGAUAGCCAUGACUGCUGAACCUGAAACAACCUGGCUAGAGUGAGGGGAUGGACACACACACACACAAUCAGUCAGAACUGGCAGGGACCUAGGAGGUCAUCUAGACCAAUUGAUCCCUGCCAGAGACAUGGGUACACACAGACACACGGGUAGAAAUAGAAACAUAUGUAUUACACAUGCAUUCAGACAUGUUACAGAAUCACAGCAUUGUAGAGUUUAAAGGGAAACAUACACAAACACACACACACACAUAUAUAUAUAUAUAUCAGUAGGGUGAGAGUCACGAAGCCUUAUGUAAAGGGGUUGGGAUGGACCUAGAGGCUUUGUCAGGCUUCAUCUCUCUGGGGCUGGGCACUCACUGCCUGCUCUCAGUCUCUGCUCUUCACCCCAAUCCCUUCUCACUCCCCCAGGAAAUGCACUCAUCUCCACUUCCUUCAGUUUCUUCCUUGCCCUGCAGCACCCAGUUCAGGUCCUGACCCCCCCCCCCAAUGCUUGUCCACUGUUACUUCCCCUGUUACCCUCUACCCCUACCCCUCAGGCUCCAAAGCUGAAUGUUAAACUGUGCCAAAUGCCAGGUCAGUCACUAGAAGGCCAACCCCUCCAGCUCCUACCCACCACCUACCAGACACUUCACCCUCAAUCAAUUUUCAGUGUCCAAUAGAUGUCUCCCCUCCUUUGAUCAAGUGUUCACAUCUCUGCCCCUCCCCGACCCUACAAAGAUUUUCAGAUUUCCCCCAAACAUCAGCCUAAGUGUCUUGACCAUACCUGGGCAAGAGAAGAGGUAGGACACCCCCCCCCCUUCACGGCACUCAUCUUCUGCCUGGUUGCUGUGCCAUGCCUCUUGGGCCCUCAAGAGCACCCUUUAACCAGUGCCACUCCCCCUCCCUACUUAGCCCUCACUCCAGCCCUGCCUUCCUAGGGAUGACUUCAGCAGAGGGAGACACUGAAGUGGAUACCCCUAAUCCCUCUCCCCCAGCUCUUCACCCAAGGUCUCACCUCCUCAGUUGCCCUGGCACCUGUGUACAUUUUCCCCAAACCCUGAACAGGUGCUCACCCCACCACCACCCCAGGCCAAAAUGUCCAAUCCCCGGAACUGGACAUCAGCCCUCCCCACCCUAUCCCCUACACACAUACACUCAAUCAGGCAGGGCCUGGGAAAGCCUUCAGAGGGGGUUUCAGUGCAUUCCAAUUCCAUUUCCCAAAUCCUCCAGUGGGGGGGAGGGGCAGGUCACUAAAGAGCAAGGGGAGGGAGGGUGUUUCCUCUUAAGAUGUGGAAAAGAGGGGGGGAAGGGGUGAUUCAUUAAUUAAUGCUUCAUUAAUUAAUGGUCCUGUUGCUUGUUGCUUUCUCAGUGUGUGUUGGUCCAUGCUGGCACAGACUUGAGUGCCAGCUGUGUCUUGGGAGUGUGUGUAAUUCUGUAGUUUAGUCAGGUGCUCACUGGAGAAUUGAAAAAAGAAAAAAGAAAAAAAAACAAGGAAACCAAGGCGUAUACAGAAAUAUAAAUAAAUAUAUAAUAUAUAUAUUUUAAGUUUAAAAACAGAAAAACUAAACAAAAGCCACCAGGUAGUUGUCCAAACAGAAACUGGGUCUAACUCAGCUCAUCUCCCAUCUGGCUCAGGGCCUCCUUUCUCUCCCUUCUCUCUCUCCCAACCAGGCCAAGGGAGAGGGUUGGGGGAGAAGGCGCCAGGGGCUUUUUCCUUUUUUCUGCGUUUUUUCCUUCGUUUUUUUUUGUUGUUGGGUUUUUUUUUUUGUACAGACAAGUCGGAUACAAAAGCGACAAAAAAAGAUAAGAAACUUUGUAAAAUAUUGUGUGUGUGAUUCCUUGUAAAAUAUUUUCAAAUGGUUUAUUACAAAAAAAAUCAGUUAUUAAAUAAUGUUCAUAUUUUCACUUCAAA